GCAGACAGCAGCAGCUGACGAAAACACGGAAGUAAACUCUGUCGCGUCCGAGCCGAAGCGGUUUUUUUAUUCGUUAUUCUGCUGUAAAAGUAAAACUGGCUCCUCGACAGCCUCUUCAUAGAAACCAAGGCUGUGCUAAGGAAGCUAGCGCAACAAGCUAACUCUUCCACUGACUUUAUAUUUGCCCAACAAGCCACAGAGAGGAGGGAAACAAGUGGGGAGAGCAAAAACAACGACGAGAGCGUACACACUGCAACUCUUCUGAUCCCCCGAAUCCUCAUCAUGGACAACAAUGGGGGACCACAGGAAGGAGCCAUGGGGGUGAAAAUGGAGGAGCUUCCGCAGAUUGAUGGGCUAUGUGACUCAUGUGAGCCUGAUGAGGCACAACCGGCCACACACGUGUGCCAUGUCUGCAGCUUUGCCUUCUGCCCGCUGCAUUCAGAGAGACAUGCCAGCAGGACACAUCAUCCACUACAACCCUAUAACCACGAGGGGACACAAGCUGACAGACUUUACAGAGAGGUUGACUUUGGAGGCAAAUCUGAGGACGAGGCUAGUGCAGAGAGGGCAGCUGAAAGGGCCAUCAAUCAGGACAAUAUUGCAUCACUUGGAGUGGAGGAGUGCAAUGGCGCUGAGGAGGAAAGUGGAGCCCAGAAUGAUUUGCCACUGGCAGCUAACCAGGCUGAUGAAGCUGUGGGAGCAGAGGCGGGGCAGGAGGCCAUGGCUGCCGGAGAAGUCAGGAGGAGGGACACUGUGACAGUAGAGAGACUGCGCUGCAAAGAGCACGGGGAGGAAGGCUCCCUCUACUGUAAACCAGAUGAGAAGAUAAUCUGUGUGGUGUGUGCCGUGCAGGGUGAGCACAAGGAUCAUGAGAUGAUUACUCUGCAUGAGGCCUAUGUGUGGCAGAAGAGCAGACUGGGUUAUGAUCUGGUGAGCCGUACACAACAGGCGGCUGAGAACAUCAAGAUCAAGUGGACCAGCGGUGAAAUGACCACAGAUGAGCUGGAGGACUAUGUUACCGAGCAGUUUGAUGAACUACGCAAGCUAGUGCUCCUGGAGCAGAAGAGGACCCUUCACCUGGUGGACCUCAAGGAGGCGUUCCUGACGGCGAGCGCCGCGGAGAAGAUCGCAGAGAUCUCUGUGGAGACGGAGAGGCUGCAGAAGGAGCUGGUUAACAUCACGGACCAGCUGUGUCUGCUUGAAAAAGCCGAGGCGGAGUCGGCGAGUCCUGCUGUGAUAGCGGCGGCUCUUGCGGUACCUGGACCGUCCCAGAAGUACAAGCGCGGCACUGAAGCCAGGCCAAGACUACCGGACCCGAGGGCCGACCCCAUCAACCCUCAAGACCUUGAGGACGAUGAUUCUGGCCCGUCCAUGGACCACGCCCCGUGAUACCAGCACAGCAGAAAUCUUCCUAAAUCCCGCCGUCCUUCAGUGUCAGCCAUCUCCCCCUUUUACCACCCUGUCUCUCUCUCCCUCCCUCCCUCCCUAAAUGACCUUGAAGAAGGCUGCUGCGACAAAUAUGGAUGGCCAAUGUCAUUCCUGCCUUAAAACCUACUCAAUUUCUUCACUACCCACCAACUUUCUUUAAUUGAGGCACACAAGUUAUGUGCAAUCAAUUACCAUCAGGCUGGAUUUUCACAGCCAGGCACAUCCUUGGCUUAGUGGUGAGGCUGGCUGAGUCAGAGAGAGAAAGGAGGCCUGGGUCGGCAGCCGAGCGGAGCAUCUGUUCAGCCCAGCAGAUGUGAGGGAUGGGAAAUGUCUGUACCGCUGUGAGCUUCGCUCUUCAUUUAUUCGCAGUAUCAUUUUCAUAUUGUUGUUUUGGCAAAAACAGAGGAUGCUCUGAGAGAUGCACGGGGAAUGUUUGUCAGAUGCCGCAGUGCCUUACAUCAAAAGGAUAUAGAUUUUUAAGGGUUUUAUAUUUAUAUAAGGAAAAAAAGAGGAGGAAAUGUAAAUGACUCUAUGGUUCUUUACGGUUGUAUAUUCAUGUCCAGUUUUUUUUCCUGUGCUUGUAAGACCUGCACUUCACUUUAUUGGAUAUAUCUGUUCUACUGCUUGUUAAUCAGCCGAUCCAUCAGGACGGAGAAGAAGUGUGACUCAAAUACUGUAGGUUUAGUUACUCUGUAGGUCUGACAUCAUGGUUGGUGGCAGACAGUAUUUCAGAAACUGAUGAUCUGCAGGGAUUUUUAUCAACAAUCAUGUCCCGGGUUUAUAGAGGACCAUCUGAAAAAGACAAAUGAUCGACUGAGCUGAAGUUCAGAGGUCAGAGGAGAACGACCGGACUGAUUUGAGACGAUGGAAGAGGUCAGAGGAACUCAAAUAACCACUUGAAACCACUCUGCAGAAGACCAUGUGCUGUGUACCUAAUAAUAAAGUGGCUGGUUAGUCCAUUAUCAGAUGCUGGUUACGUUUUGAUACCUAUUGAUUAGUAAAUGCUGCUGAGUCUUUUUCUGGUGAAAAUCAAACUGUAAUUGGACCCGUGCAAAAUAGCUUUCUCUCUCAGUUUCAGUUUCCCGUGUAAAGGCUCAUUACUCCUGGCCAAUCUGCAGCGCGUGACAGAUUACUGACCACCACUUUGUGCCUUGACCCGCUUCAGCCGUCGCAUUCAUCGAAUCGAAUGACCGCGCUGAGACCGUCGCCCUCCCACCUCCCCCAUUGAUUGGGUUUACAGAGAAGCCUUCGGUCGCUCUGUUGAGUCAAGUAGCGGGUGUUGUUUCAUCUGAACUGGGAUGAAAAAAGUAAGAGAUGUUAGACAUGUUUGAUAGCAUUACUUCUCGAAACUUUACUUCAGGGAAAUGUUGGUGGAUCCGCAGCUCAUUCUUUAUUCUUGUGUAACAGAAGUCUGACUGUCAACAGUUUCUCUGAUGUUUUUUUUAGCCAAUACUUUUUGUCUCAAAUCUAUCAAUAAACGGCCCGUGUCUUAAAUUUG